GAUGAGGAAGUGAAGGGGCUACAUCACAUAUGACGCCUCAUGUUUCCGAGGUGUAGCUCAGCAUUACAUGCCUCCUGAGUGCGGGACAUAAUACAGGCCGACAUAGCAAAGACCUCUGGGUAACACGGACAGUCCUGAGCAGGGCAAAUGGAUCUGUUUGCACAGUCUGGUGAUUCACAGAUGAUAUUUAACAUAGAAACUCAAGGUGAAGCCAGGCGGCACCUUCAGCCUAACGCAGAAAAUGACCCCAAACUUCAGGAGCUGAAGGCGUUCCUUAUUGACUGGAUCAAUGAUGAAUUAAAGCAGGAGCAUAUCGUAGUAAAGAGCUUAGAGGAAGAUCUCUUUGAUGGGUUAAUUCUUCAUCACCUUUUACAAAAAAUUGGAUCCCUCACACUGGAAGUGGAAGAAAUAACAUUGUCCACAGCCAAUCAGAAGAGGAAGCUCGGUGUCAUUCUGGAGGAGGUCUCCCGAUGUCUACAGCUGGAGGACAGUCAACUGAAGUGGAACAUGGCCUUGAUCCACAGCAAAGACCUUUUGGCCACCUUACACUUGCUGAUUGCCUUGGCGCAACACUUCCGGCCUGAUCUACCGCUUCCCGCAGAUGUUUCUAUAGAGGUGAUUGUGGUGGAGCCAACAAAAUCCGGAAUGAAGACAGGAAAAGCUAUUGAAUGCUUCACCGGCCCCAGAGCGGAAGACGCAGCUUCUAAGAAGGAUGCCUUUGACCAACUCUUUGAAACGAACCCAGACAAGAUAAAUGAUGUGAAACAGGCCAUUAUGAAUUUUGUGAAUAAACAGCUAGUAAACCUGAGUCUUACUGUGACUGACUUGGACUCCCAGUUUGCUGAUGGGGUCUUUUUGCUGCUGUUAAUUGGACAAGUGGAAGGCUAUUUUAUACCUCUGUCAUCAUUCUUCCUGUGUCCGGGAUCAACAGAAGACAAGCUCCACAAUGUUAACCUUGCCCUGGAUCUCCUUACGGAUGAAGGGAUCCUAACAAACCCAGUGGACCCUGCAGAGAUUGUGAAUAGAGAUUUAAAAACCACCCUGCGAGUUUUGUACAGCCUGUUCCUCAAACACAAAAACAUGCUGAAAUCUUCAUGAAAAAAAGGAUUUGGACGAAGCAGAGUCACCGGGAGCCCAGCUGAGCCAAGGAUGAAAACACAAUUUAUUACAAAAAAAAUGUAUAUACUAUAUAUAUUUGUAUUCUCUGCACCUCUAGAUUUCUAAAUAUAAAAGCACAAUAAGGGUUAGUGUUCAUUUUAUUUUCAGUGUCAGAGUCAGAGAUGCUUUUCUAGCUAUCAAGAAUGAUCUGUGGGUUUACAGCAUCGGUCUUCGCCGUGUCUCAGCUGAACUAAGCGUAUAUAUAAAAAUACAUUUUGUUGUUAAAAUAAGUAGGACAACAGCUGCAGAGCUAGAGAUUGUUCAAUAUGCUGCAUUAUGAAGCAACGAAAUCUAUUUUUACCCUAUGUCUUGAUAAAAUAAAUCUAUAUGAAUCUCACACAUAAAAGUAAAAAGAAACCUACGCUUAAUUAAAGGAAAGCUAUAAACACUUUGAACCAUAGAGAGUAUCAGCAUGAAAUAAAUGCAGGCAUCUA